AUGCCACCUCCGUCGUGGGACCGCCCCCAACCGGUGGUGUCGGAGGAGCAGAUAGAGGCGAAGCACACCACCCGCACGGGCGAGGUGGUGGUUGCAGCGGGCGGCAACAGGAAGCGGUCCACUCGGCAGGAUGCAGGCAGCGCUUUGGACCGCUACUGCACCAGCCACACAGGGGCCAAAGACGUGGAGUCCCAGGCCGAGUCCACCGGGGGCAAGCACGGCAUGGUGCUGCCAUUCGCGCCGCACUCACUCUCCUUCCGCAACGUCAGCUACUUCGUUGGCAUGCCCGCCGAGGGCGCCCCCCCCCCCCCCUCCGACGCGCGCCUGCAGCUGCUGCGCAAAGUGUUGGACGCGUUCCGCCCCGCGGUGCUGACAGCGCUAAUGAGUGUGUCGGGCGCGGGCAAGACGAUGCUCAUCGACGUGCUGGCGGGGAGGAAGACCGGGGGGUACAUCGAGGGGGACGUGCGCGUGUCAGGGUUCCCCAAGGUGCACGAGAAGUUUGCUCACGUGGCGGGGUACUACGAGCAGAGCGACAUUCACACACCGCAGGUGACGGUGCACGAGAGCCUGCUCUUCUCCGCGUGGCUGUGCCUACCGGCUGAUGUUGACAAGGAAGUCGGAGAAGAGUUUGUGGAGGAGGUGAUGGAACUAGUGGAGUUCGAUAGUCUGCGCGACGCCAUGGUGGGACCAAGGUAG